AUAUGAUGAUGAUAUAUCAUUCAUGGUAUAUGUAGCUCAAAACAGACGCGUUGAAUUUCUGUAAAAACUUAUAAGAAACAUUGGAAAAGCAAGAGCAAUGGUGAAUAAGAAAAAUGGUGGGUUUGUGAAGCUGAAAAUAGUGGUGAAGAGGCUACAGAAAAGUUUGAUCCCGGGAAAGAAAUGGGCGGCGUCGGGCGUGGCGGAGGACGUGAAGGAGGGGCACUUCGCGGUUAUGGCGGUGGAAGACGACGAGCUCAAGAGGUUCGUUCUACCCUUGAGUUUCUUGACUCAUCCGUCGUUCCUGCGCCUCUUGGAGCAGGCGGCGGACGAGUACGGCUUCGAUCACGACGGCGCGCUCACGGUGCCUUGCCGCCCCAGCGAGCUCGAGGGCAUCCUGGCCGACCAAUGGGGUGGAGGCUGUUAUGGGACCAUGGUUAAGAGCUUCUGAUUACCAUGCAGAUGCAGCAUUAUUUCUUUUCUUUUUUUACGGUAAAUAAUGGGAAUUGCGAUUUUGACCUAUUUUUGAACAAGUAUAUCUAUAUAUAUAUCCCUCAACAUCUCUUUCUAGACUCUAUUGGGGAGCAAUUGUCUUCUUUUUUAUGGAAAUUCGAAUCUCAUAUUCAUAUA